AUGUUGAUCUUUGAAUUACUGACGUCUGAAUGGUGGCUUGACGCAGUACUGUCAGUAUUAUAUUACUGUUCUCACGAAAUUGAUCCAUACAAGAAGCCACCCGAGCUCUUGGAGGUAUCACCAAAGGGUCUCGUCCCAGGCUUGAAGCUCAACACGUAUGAUCCGCCCCGUGCAUUAAGCGAGAGCACUGUGAUUCUUGACUUCAUACAAGAUCUUGCAGCAACCACGACUCAGCGCAGCCUGCUUCCCCCCGUUUCAGAGCCCUAUGCCCGUGCCCUGAUCCGCCUACAAGGUGACCACGUCAAUCGUACCCUUGUCCCGGCAUUUUACCGCUACAUUCAAGCGCAGGAUGAAGAGAAGCAGAUCCAAGGUGGAAGGGACUUAGUGAAAGCUAUUGAGGGCCUUGUCCACCUGUUCCAGCGUGCAGAAAGUGAAACGCCUGCAUUCGCUGGCCUGUGGGUCGACGGGGGCACGCUGACCCUCUCUGACGUCAUGGUCUCCCCUUGGCUCUUCCGCGCGACCAACGUGCUGGCGCACUACCGUGGCUUCGUGCUGCCCGAAGGCCCGCGCUUCCGCGCUUACGUCGACCGCCUGCUGACCCACCCCACGAUCAAACGCACCUGCAGCACGGAGCAGCUAUACAUCGACAGCUACGAGCGGUAUGCGCAUAACCGUCCGAACACCAGCCAGGUCGCGAAUGCUAUCAAUGCUGGGACCGCGCUCCCCUGA